AGCGGAGCGGAGGCCGCGCGGGGCUGCGGGGAGCGGCCGCGCCGGCCCCGGGGCCAUGGAGCCCUCGACCUUCCAACCAGCCAGGCUUCUCCGAGGUGAGGACUCCUGUCUGCUGAGACGCUGGAAAACCUAGUUUGGGAGAAGAGUGAAGACACAGUUGAUGCUGAACGACAGCCAAGGAUGAAGCGGCGAGCAUCAGACAGAGGAGCUGGGGAAACAUCCACUAAGGCAAAAGCUCUUUGUACAGGGAUCUCUGGAAAUAAUGCCAAGAGAGCAGGCCCUUUCAUACUGGGUCCACGUUUAGGUAACUCCCCUGUGCCAAGUAUUGUUCAGUGUUUGGCAAGGAAGGAUGGGACAGAUGACUUCUAUCAGCUAAAGAUUCUCACCUUAGAAGAAAGGGGGGAUAAAGGAAUAGAAACACAGGAAGAGCGACAGGGCAAGAUGCUGCUGCACACGGAGUAUUCUCUCCUUUCCCUGCUCCACAAUCAGGAAGGAGUGGUUCAUCACCAUGGGCUCUUCCAGGACCGAGCUUGCGAAAUUAUAGAAGAUCUGGAAGCCAACAGAAUGGUCAGAAAAAUGAAGAAGCGCAUUUGCCUCGUGUUAGACUGCCUCUGUGCUCAUGAUUUCAGUGACAAAACAGCAGAUCUGAUCAACCUGCAGCACUACGUCAUUAAGGAGAAGAGGCUCAGCGAGCGAGAGACGGUGGUGAUAUUUUAUGAUGUGGUACGAGUGGUGGAAGCAUUACAUAAGAAAAAUAUUGUGCACAGAGACUUGAAACUAGGAAACAUGGUGCUAAACAAAAGGACUCAUCGGAUAACCAUAACCAACUUCUGCCUGGGGAAGCACCUGGUGAGUGAGGAUGACCUUCUGAAGGACCAGCGGGGGAGCCCUGCCUACAUCAGCCCCGAUGUGCUCAGCGGUCGGCCGUACCGCGGCAAACCCAGCGACAUGUGGGCGCUGGGCGUCGUGCUCUUCACCAUGCUCUAUGGCCAGUUCCCCUUCUAUGACAGCAUACCUCAGGAGCUCUUCCGCAAAAUCAAGGCUGCCGAGUACACCAUCCCUGAGGAUGGUCGGGUCUCAGAGAACACUGUGUGCUUGAUCCGAAAACUGCUCGUCUUGGAUCCGCAGCAGCGCCUGACAGCUUCUGAAGUGCUGGAUUCCCUCAGCUCCAUCAUAGCAUCCUGGCAGUCCAUGUCGUCGCUGAGCGGCCCUUUGCAAGUGGUGCCGGAUAUCGACGACCAGGUGGCCAACCCUGAACACCCACAGGAGGCGAAGGUGACGGAGGAAUGCUCACAGUACGAAUUCGAGAACUACAUGAGGCAGCAGCUGCUCCUGGCCGAGGAGAAGAACACUUUGCACGAGGCCAAGAGCUUCCUGCAGAAGCGGCAGUUUGGGAACAUCCCCCCCGUGCGCCGCCUGGGCCACGACGCGCAGCCCAUGAACCCUCUGGACGCGGCCAUCCUGGCCCAGCGCUACCUGCGGAAGUAGCUUCCACACCUCUGGGAGCAGAGCGCGCCCUGCAGCCCGCUCCCACACUGCAGCCCAGCAGCAAUACCGGCGUCCCACGGCGGAGAAUCAUGUAGCAGUUCUGAGCUCUGCUCGGGGACGCGCUCUGGACGGAGAAGACUUUUUUUCACCAAGCUCCUUUUGGAAGCAGCGGCCUCUCGGCGUCUUCUGGAAUCUCUGUUGUUUUUUAAAUCGAAGCCUAGGUGACUAAUCUGCUUCUAAUCACGACUGUAAUCUAC